AUGGCAGCAAAUUUUUUGCAACGCGACAUCUAUGUCCUGCAGAUUGGUGACGAAGGUGCUGGAAGUCACAGCUAUCAAAAAUUUAGCGCGACUGUCGCGACAAAGAAUCUCAUGGCCGUGGAUACAGUCAAUGAUAAUCAAUUAUCAUUGGUAGACUGCUUUGAAGAAUUGCAGGCGGCUAACUACGCAAAUCCAAAGCGUCCUCCGCUGGUGCUGCAAUUUCAUGGUCUGCAAAACUCGAUGAUGCUUCGUUCAGCGCAAGGGGAAGGCCCACCUGACUUGGUGGAAGUAUCGGGCGGGGCCGACAACGAACAAUUUUCCUAUCCGGAUAACAACAGUCUAUCCCGUGCGAUCUCUGUACCUAGCGACGCGUCACCUGAGCCUCCCGAUAACCUUCAUUCGACCCAGGUCACAAGUCUCUGGUUAUAA